AUGGCGUCAGAUUCUGUGGACGUUGAUCAAGGCAAAUCUCUCGAUAACCUGCUGCAAAAAUCACAGACGACUACGUCUCUGCUACCAGACGAAUUAUCAUACCUCAUCUCUGCUUUCACACCCAGACAGGACACAUCCCUACGAUCUAAGGCAUACCUCAUCCUUUCGUCUUUCUGCCAAGGAGUUCGCACCUCACCCAAAGGAAAAGCUGCUCCCGACGAUGUCGAUCCUGCCACUGAAUUGUUGACGAAAACGUUCGAGCCCAUCAUUUCAUCUCGACUCGCAGAACCCUCCGAAGAUGACAUAGUAGCUGGACUUUCCUUCCUCUCCGCGCUUUUCCAGGUCGACUGGCAGAGCGCGUCGUCUAUCUUUCAAAACGAGGACAUCCUUACAGCCUUCACAGACCUUCUCGAUCUGUAUCCUACCGCUACUGUCUCCAAAGAGGCUGCCCAUCUGCUCUCACAAGCCAGCGGCCACAAGGCAUGUCGAGCUGUCAUACCCCCUGACUGCAUAAAGUGGUUGGAAAGCUCUCUACGGCAAACGAAGGAUCCAGCUCUUCGAGCGUCUGCAGCCAUCGCGGUCGUCAAACUUUCCCGUGGGGCCACUGGAGACGCUGCAGAGGUCGCGGGAGAGCAGAAGGAUAUACCUCGAGGACAUGACGCUGAGUUGGUCAGGUUAAUGCAGGGCUUGAUCGUCAACGGAGAUAAAGAUUCACUGGCGGAUGCGGUCGAAGGUCUCGCAUACCUUAGCAUGAGUCCCGCAGUCAAGGAGACCCUCUGUGAUGACCUACCAUUCCUCACAAAACUAUGUUCCGUCAUACCCAUCCGCAAGGCAGGUGCACCCCCUCCUGACGCCCCAAGUCUCUCUCUUCUUUACGGAGUCGUCAUCAUUCUCUCGAACCUUUGCGCGUACCGGCCUCGUCUUUCGGCUGAAGAUGCUCAAAUGGAAAAGCUGAGACGCAUGGCGAAAACGUCGUCGAUGGCUCAGAAUGCAGCGCUAGAUGUCCUAGAGGAUGACGAGCAUGCGAAGCAGCGAGGCCGUAAAGUGGUCAGAUGCGGAGGGCUAGAAGUGCUUUCGAUGGCAUUGAGGACUGGAGACAGCCGAGGAAUCAGAGUCGCCUCAAGCAAGGCUCUACUUAGCCUCACGGAGGAUAAAGAGAACCGGGGACGGAUCCUUCAAAGCGGCGGUUCGAAGGCUCUCAUGAACUUCAUAUUGAAGACUCUGCCUGCUCCAGGGACCUCGACCUCUGAUCCUGACUUGGACACCGCCGAUCUAGAAGCUAUCCAGGCUGUGGCGAAACUCGCUAUCACCGCUUCGCCGAUGCACGUCUUCGGGCCUGGUGAGGGCGGGAUCUAUGACGCUAUCCGUCCACUAGCCAUUCUCCUCACACAUUCCUCAUCGACUCUACUCCAGCGUUUCGAGUCCAUGAUGGCGUUGACGAACAUCUCAUCUCACAGUCCCGAAGCUGCCAGUCGCGUCGCUAAAGCCCAAGGCCUCAUGAACAAAAUCGAGUUUUUGGCUCUUGAAGACCAUAACCUGGUUCGUCGAGCGGCCACAGAAUUACUGUGCAAUUUGGUAGCAGGGUCGGAGGAUGUUUUCGAACGAUAUACGGGCGACGGUCGUUCGGAGGGAGCGAAGUCGAAACUACAUAUCUUAAUAGCCUUAUCGGACAUCGACGAUCUCCCUACUCGACUCGCAGCCUCUGGAGCACUCGCCACACUCACAUCUUCCCCACGAGCCUGCCGCGCCCUCUUCGACCUCGAAAACGAACGGCACCGCGUCCUCAGUACAUUCACGCAACUGAUCGACCCUACCGUACUCGCUGAACGCGAAGAGGAUGACGAUGAAGCAGCAAAAUCUGAAUCGCACCCAGGUUUGGUACAUCGAGGGGUCGUCUGUGCUAGGAACUUCCUUGUCAAUCUCGACGACGCUUCGCGGAAAACAUUGACGGAGACGGACGAGAUGCCGGAUUUGUUGAAGGCGCUUACCAACGUAGUGAGGCAGAAUGGGGGGAAUAUGGAGUUGGUGAGGUCUACCGCGGAGGCAUUGAAGGCACUCAUUGAUUGCGGAAUGAGUAUAACUGUAUAGUUUCUCGUCGGUGCCACAGGGGUACAACGAACAUUCGGUAUCUACACUGGCAUGACUAGCAUAUCCCACACUGUAGCGACAUUAUCACUAGUAUUGCUGUG